AAAAGUUGUUAGCAACUAUAGGAUCUGUUGCAGGAGGUUUAGGAUGCCAGACAAGAUGCCUCAAUGGAGGUACUUGCCAGGGGACCCGGUGUGUGUGUCGGCCAGGCUUCACUGGUGACCAUUGUGCUCAGCCUGUGUGUCAUGAACCAUGCCUUAAUGGUGGAAAGUGUGUGGGCCCAGAUCGUUGUGCCUGUGUUUACGGAUUUACUGGCCGCAGAUGUGAAGCAGAUUACCGUACUGGCCCAUGCUUUACCAAAGUUCAGCAUGAUAUGUGCCAGGGACAGCUUCCUGGAGUUGUUUGUACCAAGCAGUUGUGCUGUGCUACAAUAGGCAAAGCAUGGGGCCACCCCUGUGAACACUGCCCAUCAAGACUUGAUUGUAAUAAGGGUUUCCUGAAAAACAUACACAGUGGAGAUUGUGUUGACAUAGAUGAAUGUGAAGCCAUUCCAGGCUUGUGUGAAGGAGGUAUUUGUGUCAACAGCAUAGGGUCUUUUACUUGUGAGUGUCCAGAAGGACAGGCAAGAAACCCAGAGACCAAUGCCUGUGAAGACCGAGAUGAAUGUGCUGAGGGAGACCAGUGUGAGAAUGGUCAAUGUGUUAAUACAGAUGGGAGUUUCUAUUGCAGCUGCAAUACAGGCUUCAUUCCUAGUCAGGAUCGUAAAAAAUGUAUUGAUGCACGCCAAGGAUUUUGCUACACGGAAAUCAAUAGCAAUAAUCGGUGCAGAAAGCCACUAGCCAUACCCCUUACGCGUCAUGCUUGCUGUUGCAGCAAGAAUAUGGGGAAGGCUUGGGGUGAAGGGCACAAUGACUGCGUGCCUUGUCCUAUGCCUGGAGAAGAAUUGUACCAGCGUCUCUGUGAUCAGCCAGGGUCUCUUAUGCCUCCUGUGGACGAGUGCACUCUAAAUCCUGGUCAGUGUGGUGAAGGAGGUCAUUGCAUUGAUACAGCCACUGGCUACAUCUGCCAGUGUUACGAGGGAUUCACCAACAUCCAACCUUCAGACAGAUGUGUCGAUGUGGAUGAGUGCCGGGAUGGAGCUUGUCGUGGGGGCCAGUGUUACAAUACCAUAGGCAGCUUCAGAUGUCGCUGUCCUACUGGUUUUGACUUGUCUUCAGAUGGACGUACCUGUAUUGAUCAUGAUGAAUGCAGUGAGACCGGCAUGUGCGCAAAUGGUGUCUGCACAAAUAUGGAUGGAUCCUUUAAGUGUGUUUGCAGUGAUGGAUACAUUUUAUCCUCAUCAGGCUUUGCUUGUAUAGAUAUUAAUGAAUGUGAGGAAAACCCAAGAAUUUGCUUAUUUGGUCGUUGUGAGAAUUUAGAUGGCAGUUAUCGUUGUGUAUGCAAUGAUGGCUACACACACGUCAAGGAUGGUAGCUUUUGCACUGAUGUUGAUGAAUGCGGUGAGACAGGCAUGUGUGAUCAUGGUUCAUGUGUUAACAUGGAUGGAUCCUUCAAGUGCGUAUGUCAUGCUGGAUACACCUUGUCUCCUAGUGGGAAGACUUGUAUUGACAUGGAUGAGUGUACCUCAGGGCCUUGUAAAAAUGGUCAGUGUAUCAAUACUGAAGGGAGUUUUAGGUGUGAAUGUCCACCAGGUUUCACCCUUGGGGUUAAUGGUGUCACAUGCCUUGAUACAAAACUGGACUUCUGUUAUGCCAUGUAUCGUGAUGGCCAGUGUUCCAAUCCAUCGACAACGCCUACCACAAAAUCUGCUUGUUGCUGCUGUACGGUAAUCUUGGGUCAGCCAAUGGGUUGGGGGACACCAUGCCAAGCCUGUCCACAACCUGGCUCCCAGGAGUUCCUUGGCCUGUGCCCUCAUGGGUUUGGCAUCACACACGAGGGUCAUGACAUCAAUGAGUGUGCCCUGAAUCCUGCUAUUUGCCGCAAUGGAGCUUGUGAGAACCUAGAGGGAGGCUACAGAUGCAUCUGUAAUCCUGGCUACAUGGUGGAUGACAGCGGACGACAGUGUCAUGACAUUAAUGAGUGUGCCAUUGACAACCUUCUAUGUGAUGGUGGUCAGUGUCGGAACACACCAGGAAGUUACCAGUGCAUCUGUCCAUCUGGUACUCAGCUGAAUCCUAACACCCACGUUUGCAGUGAUGUGGAUGAGUGCAAUGAGUUAGGGGAAGACGCUUGUGUUGGAGGCACCUGCGUAAAUGUCAUUGGUUCUUAUAGGUGUGAAUGUGAUGAAGGUACCAUUCUAGACUCCACUGGCAGAUACUGUAUUGAUAAUCGACGUGGAUCCUGUUGGACAAAAGUAAAAGAUGGCAGAUGUGAAAAUAAUAUCCCCAAAUUAACUCUCAAGUCAGAGUGUUGCUGCACCAUUGGUAAAGCAUGGGGUUCACCUUGUGAAGUUUGCAAUCCAGCUGAUUGCGACUGUCCAAUUGGUUUUGCUAAGAUGGAUGGCAAGACAUGCCAGGACAUCGAUGAAUGUCAACUGAACCCAGGAAUAUGUCAAGGAGGAGGCGAGUGUGUCAAUACAGAGGGUUCCUUUACCUGUAACUGUCCCCCUGGCCUCACCCUGGAUGAGAGCAAGACCAAAUGUCUUGAUCUCAGAGAGGAAGUCUGCUUCCUUGACUACAGGAAUGGUAUUUGCACAAAGGAACUUGAGGGUCUCUUCCGCAAAUCAAUAUGUUGUUGCACAGUUGGUAAGGCUUGGGGUGAGGAAUGUGAAGCUUGCCCACGCCCGGGCACAGAAGCCUUUGAAGAACUCUGCCCAAAGAGCUAUGGCUAUGAUGGCAGAAAAGAUGUAAAUGAAUGUACAAAAUACCCUGAUAUGUGUGAGAAUGGCCGCUGCAGAAAUUCCAUUGGGUCCUUCUCCUGCCGCUGCAAUCAAGGCUAUGCUCUUGAUGAGGAUGGUGUUAAGUGUGUUGACAUUGAUGAGUGUGGAAUCAUGCGAGGAGUCUGUGGCAAUGGGACCUGCCAGAACACUGCUGGCUCCUUCAUCUGUGACUGUGAUGAGGGCUUUGAAUCCACUAUGAUGAUGCAAGUUUGUAUGGAUAUUGAUGAAUGUGAGCGGAUUCCCGGACUUUGUCGUGGUGGACGCUGUAUUAAUACACCAGGCAGCUUCAGGUGUGAGUGCCCUCCAGGCCAUGAGCUCUCUGCCAACCAGCGGUAUUGUAAGGAUAUUGAUGAAUGCUCACAGUCAUCAGGUAUCUGCUCAAACGGUGUGUGUGAAAACAUGAUGGGAACAUAUCAGUGUAUGUGCAAUGAUGGCUACCAGCAAACGGGCCAGAAGUCUCAUUGUGAAGACAUUGAUGAGUGCGGCGUCAACAAUGGUGGUUGUGAUGAUAUAUGCAUCAAUACCCCUGGAUUGUUUUCCUGCUCAUGUUCCUCGGGCUAUAUGCUGCAUAUGGAUGGACGUUCCUGUACUGAUGUUGAUGAGUGUAAAGAGAAUCCCAAGAUUUGCAAUGGAGGAGUGUGCUCAAAUACCCCAGGUGCUUAUGUGUGUACCUGUGACGGCGGUCUUAUUCCUGAUUCUGAUGGUCCAGGUUGUCUUGAUGUUGAUGAGUGCGAUAUGAAUCCUAACCUGUGUCAGAACGGGAAAUGCGACAAUGUUGCUGGCUCGUUUGCAUGCCGUUGUGAAGAUGGUUAUAGUGUGAAGUCGGAGUUGGGGCCUGGCUGUACUGACGAUGAUGAGUGCACAAUGGGUAGUUUCCAUUGUGAUCAGAAUGCAGAAUGUAUUAAUGUAGAUGGAACAUAUGAUUGCCGCUGCCAAGAUGGUUUUACAGGCAAUGGUAAAACUUGUCGAGAUGUCAAUGAAUGCCUCACCAACAAUGGUGGAUGUGACCGUGAUGCACAGUGUAUCAACACUGAUGGAUCCUUCAAGUGUGUCUGUGAUGCUGGCUUCAUAGGAGAUGGAUUCUUCUGUGAAGACAUAGAUGAAUGCACUCAAGAUCCUACAUUAUGUGAAAAUGGACAGUGCCUCAACUAUCCUGGAUCAUUCCAGUGUGACUGUGAAAUGGGUUUCAUGCACCCAGAUCAACACACAAAGCAGUCUUGUGUGGAUAUUGAUGAAUGCGAUAUGUUCAGCAAUCUGUGUGUAUACGGACAAUGCGAGAAUAUUUAUGGCAUGUUCCGUUGCAUAUGUGAUGAAGGCUAUCACUUAGAUGAAACUGGAGGAAACUGUACUGAUAUUGAUGAAUGUGACAACCCAGAUGUAUGUCAGUUUGGUACCUGCAUCAAUCAACAAGGCACCCAUGUUUGUGAAUGUCCACCAAAUUAUGAACUGAUAAGCACAGGAGAUGGUUGUGUUGAUCGACGUGAGGGUGAAUGUUACCUGGAUGUUGUAAAUGUUCGAGGUGGUCGUGGUAUAUGCCGUGAACCCUUAGGAGACCCAGUAACCAGAGCCACCUGCUGUUGCUCAGCUGGCAAAGCAUGGGGUCCACUGUGUGAAGUUUGUCCACCACAAGAUUCUGAUGAAUACAAGCAGCUAUGUCCAGGAGGACCAGGAUUUAGGCCUAAUAGUAUCACA